AUGGAAGGUGACAUUGGCGAGCAGGGUAGUUGCACAACGUGUGCGUACACUGAGGAUUUCUCCAACUAUUGGACAGCGGCAAUGUACUUCAGACAUGAGAACGGUUCCUACAAACGGGUUCCGCAAUACCCAAACGCUCAAUUAGGUACUGAGGGCCGUAACGCGACUGACAUCAAAGGCGGCAUGACCAUCUACUAUACUCAGAAGGAUUUCGAUUCUAACGGCAACCAACAUAUCACCGCUUUCAAACCCGGCUUCCGGAUGACUGUCGGCAGUCCCACAACAAACACCCUCGACGGCGCAAAAGCCCACCCAGGUCUUCGCUAUACCUGUCUGCAGACAAUCCUGACCCGGGGUAGCGAGACUCCAGACUUCCCCAACAAACCCUGCCCCGCCGGCAUCAUGGCCAUCCACCACUUCCCUUCGUGCUGGGACGGAAAGAAUCUCGAUAGCCCCGACCACCAGUCUCACAUGUAUAGUACCACCAAAGGUGGCUUCCGCGAAGCAGGUCCGUGUCCCAGUUCCCACCCGGUCCGUAUGCCGCAGGUUGCGUACGAAACGAUGUGGAAUACAACGGCGUUUAAGGAUAUGUGGCCGAAAGAUGGAUCGCAGCCUUUUGUUUGGUCUUAUAUGGAUAGUAAGGGGUAUGGGACUCAUGCCGAUUAUCUCUUUGGGUGGAAAGGAGAUUCUCUGCAACGGGCUAUGAAUGAUUCUUGCAUGUUUCAUAAUUGUGGGAGUCCGGGGGUGCAAGGAAUACUGAAAACUCAGACUGUUGCUGAUAUGAAUAAGUGUGCAGUUCAGAAGAGCGUUACAGAAGAUACGGAUGGUUGGCUUUCGGAGCUUCCGGGUUAUUGA